AUGAAGGCCACCCUCGUCCUCGCGACCCUCCUCGCCGGCGCCGCCGAGGCCGGCAACAUCUGCCUCGCGGGCACCUACAAGACAGUCGGGUGGCCCCGGUCCAACGUCGUCGUCUUCGCCGCCGGCUCGCCCUGCACCGACGGCCGGACGACCACGUACGGCGACCGGACCAUGAACAACAUCUGCGACCGGCUGCCUGUCGGCGUGCGCCUCUGCGAGCGCAACGGCAACCUCGUCCCCAUCGGCCACGGGCCAACGGCCGCGCCCGGCUGCCAGAUCGGGCUCGAGAUCGACAGCCGCGUCUACACGGGCGACACCUACCCCUACAACCCGGACGACGCAAACGCCCACAGGGGGCCCUGCAGCGCGAGCUGCGGCCUGACCGGGAUCGACGGGUUCCUGCACUUCGUCGGCGUGCCCAUGUGCUAA